ACCGAAAUCAUAUCAGUCACUGCUAUUACGCCGUCACGACUAGACACCAUGUCAAGUUUACUAGAUCCGGAAGCCAUUUUGUCCUGCAACGACCAAUGGAUGAAGCUGGAAAAAGCCUGGGGUAACCCUGUAGACCUUGAAACAGAUGAAGAUAUCACACCAACAUUAAAGUCGGUCUUCAGCACGCUCGAUUUGAAGAAAACUACUUUCGAUUCUUCGUUUCUAUUCAAAAAGGUGCGAAGGAAAGAUGGAAGACAAAUUUUAAAGAGAUCAGUUUUGGAUUACAAAGACUUUAUCCACGAUUUGGAGAACGAUGUUCCAGACAAUUUACCAGCGAAGCAGUUCUAUUACAUCAGCGGACAAAUAUUAUCCGCGUUGUCAGUUGAAGAAAUAUGUGAUCAAAUUGAUGAUAUAUUCAAAUCUGUUGAAAAAUUAUCAUCAGCAACAAGCACGAUACGGCAGAAGAAGAAAGUUUUACCAGAUUUUGUUCAGUGCAGUUUUUCUAUCGGUGAUUUGUCGUUUGAUGACACAAAUGAUUCUGAGAAGGAGAAAUGUGAUGAUGAUAUAGACGGAUACAUUGAUGAGGCGUUUGAACAACUAAAUUCUACGAUGGCAAGUCUAGGUCAAGAAUUAGGUGAAGAAUCUAUGAAGGAAACAGUGACAAGUUUAGUUAAGAAAUUUAGCACUAUAGUGAAAAGUCCACAAGUUAUUUGUAGUCCUAGAAGACAGAGGGAGUGUUCAAAUAGAUUUAAGGAUUUAACCGAAUUCUGGAAGAGCAGAGUUGAUUAAUAUACUUGUGUAAUGUUAUGUUUAUGUAAAUUGUAGGUAAGUAAUUUUCUCGAUGUAAAUUUUAUUUGAAAUGUUAAGAGUUACGUGAUUAGUAUAUCAAAAAUAUCGUACAAAAUGUAACGUUAGUCUUGUAGAAUGUCUACGAAAUAAUUUAUUAAUUUAUUAUGAAUAAAUGUUGUUAUUUUCUCAAUGUAAACAAUAAAGAUAUGUGAUUAUA